AUGAUGGGCUCUGAGGAGUCAGAACUGGAAUUGGCGGAGAAAGAGGCCGUGGCAGUCCCGGGGCCACCCCCGGAGCCGCGCCCCUCGGAGCCCCGAGCCCCAGUGCCCGAGCCCAGACUGGACCUGACCCUGAGCCCGAGCCCGCGGCCCGAGAGCCCCGAGCCUCCGAGCGGCAGCCCGGGCCGGCGGAAGGCGCGCGCGGACCGGCGGGGCAGGGCUCGCAAAGGGAGGCAGGUCCGCUUCCGCCUGACCCCGGCCUCCCCGAGCCGGCCCGAGCCGCCGCCGCCCGCCGCCUCGGACGAGAAGCCGGCGGCGCCGCAGGAGCUGGAAGUCCCCACGCUGCACAGCAGCCUGGCCUUGGGCCUCGAGCUGCAGGCCGCCCGGGCGGCGGCCGAGGGCCACUUUGAUGCCGCCAAGGCCGUGGAGGAACACCUGAGAAAGUCGUUCCAGACCCGCUGCGACCUGGAGGAGAGCGUGUCCGAGGGGCUCAACGUGCCGCGCUCCCGGCGGCUCUUCCGGGACCUGGUGAGCCUGCAGGUGCCCGAGGAGCAGGUGCUGAGCGCAGCGCUGCGGGAGAAGCUGGCGGCCCUCCCGCCGCAGCCCCGGGCCCCGCCCCCGAGGGAGCCACCUGGGCCCGGGCCGGAUAUGACCAUGCUCUGCGAUCCAGACACUUUAUUUUCCGAGACUCCGUACCUGACCCUGGACGGCCUGCCUCCCCUCCGCCUUCAGCUCCGGCCUCGCCCCGCGGAGGACACUUUCCUCAUGCAUCGCACCCUGCGGCGCUGGGACGCCUAG